UUUAAGUUGGACAAAAGAUAGCAUUCAGUUUUGAAGAACCCCGUAGCCAUAUAGCCAUAGCCUUACUGCUAGCUCUGUCAAUAAAACGAACGAAAGCAUAUGAUGGCUACAAAUGUGAAUGAUCAACCAGCCAUGGUCUGCCACGUGGUGGCAAUGCCCUAUCCAGGUGGAAGCCAUAUCUACGCAUUGAUGAACCUAUGCAAGGAAAUAUGUUCUCGGGUCAAAUUCGACAUCCUCAUCACCUUCGUCGUAACCGAAGAAUGGUUCGGGCUGAUCGGGUCGGAUUCGAAACCCGAUAACAUCCAGUUUGACACCAUACCCAACGUGGUGCCCUCCGAGCAUGUUCGGGCAAAUCAGUUUGUUGCUUUUGUUGAGGCUGUGGCGACCAAGUUGGAAGAUCCCUUUGAGAAGCUCCUUAAUAGGCUCCAUGGGCCUCCUGUCACGGCUAUCAUCACUGAUACUCUUAUGGCUUGGCCUAUCCAUGUCGGGAAUCGGAGGAAUAUUCCGGUGGCUUCGGUUUGGGCCCUCCCUAUUUCUAUGUUUUCCUUGUACUAUCACUUUGAUCUCCUCAAUCGAAACGGCCAUUACCCAAUUGAGCUCUCAGAUCCAGACAACAUAAUUAUAGACUAUAUCCCAGGCAUUUCUCCAUGUCGCCUUGCAGAUUUAUCAGGCAGAAUUUUACAUACAAAUGGUAAAAGAGCCCUGCAAUUACUAGUAAAAGCUGUUUCUCAAGUGCCCAAAGCAAAAUACCUUUUAACAACUUCCGUGUAUGAGCUCGAACCACUGGUAUUUGACGCUUUGAAGCCCAAAUUCCCAUUCCCCAUUUACCCUUUCGGACCUAUCAGCUGCAUUAAGCCACAGUUUCAACUUGAAAACACUAAUAUUAGUACUACUACUACUACUACUGUCCCAGAGUACAUCCAGUGGCUAGAUUCUCAACCUGUGGGAUCUGUCUUGUACAUCUCGUUUGGGACUUAUCUUUCUGUUUCAGAUACCCAAUUGGACGAAAUUGUGGCUGGGGUACGAAGUAGUGGCAUAAGGUACAUGUUGGUGACACGUGAGAGUGCGUCAAAGAUAAAAGAUGGUUGUGGCAAUGAGGGGUUUGUGGUGCCUUGGUGUGACCAAUUGAGGGUGUUGGGUCAUCCUUCUGUUGGUGGGUUUUUGACUCAUUGUGGGUGGAACUCUAUUAUGGAAGCUAUUUUUGCUGGGGUUCUGAUGUUGACUAUUCCUAUAGUUGGGGACCAAUAUCAUAAUAGCAUGCGAAUCGUCGAGGAAUGGAAGAUUGGAUAUAAAGUUAACAAGGACUUAAUAUUUGAGGGGAAUCAACAAAUACAAAGUUUAACAGGGAGAGAAGAGAUUUCAGAGCUUGUAAAGAAAUUCAUGGAUCCAGAAAAUAAUGAUAGGAAACUGAUGAGAGAAAGAGUCGAAAAACUUCAAAAAUCAUGUCAACUUGCUGUCACCAAAGGGGGCUCGUCCGAUUCAAAUCUUGAUGCUUUUAUCAGAGGUAUUUCACAAGACGUUAGUCAUAAUUAAGCUUUCAAAGAGUUUGUUAUAUGCUCAUGAUUGAGACAAAUGCAACUUCUUGAUAAGCCAUAUUUACGAGGAUGAAAAAAAAAUAGUAAUGAUGAUGAUUCACGUGCAAACUUGGUUCAUUUCUCAUUACACAACUUGAUAUUACGUUUUUAUUUCUUUGUGAUUUUUUUUUCUUUAUUUUGAUUUCAGAAUGAACGAUGAGGUCUAUAUUUGUAGGCCUUGCAACUCCUCCAUUUCUUGUUAUUAGAUAGAUAUCUUUUCUCUAUCCAGUUCAUGGAUCAUGGAUAAUGUCCGUACGACUUAAUAAUAAUAAUAAAAUUAAACUAAAUUGGAGUA